AUGAUUACAUGGCAAAUCCUUAUUGGUCACAUUCGCGUGGACAAACAUCACAAAUCCAAAUCACCGGCGCCGUUGAUUCUCAUAACCGGAAUUCCCCAUUUUCAGAAAAUGGCUUUAGGUGGAGGAGGUCCCCAAAGAGGAAGUGCAGCUGCUACUGCAAGCAUGAGGAGAAGGAAAACAGCAGGUGGUGGAGCCUCUGGAGGAGCAGCUGGAACUAUGCUUCAAUUUUACACCGAUGAUGCUCCUGGACUCAGAAUCUCUCCUAGAUCAGUAAAAAUAUCCUCCCCACACGUGGACCAAAACUUUUGA